AUGCUCGCAGAACCAAGAGCCCCAAAAGAAGACCCCGACAAGGACACCCGUAAAGCUUUCAAGAGCCUCCCUGUCCUUCAAUUGUUUAAGCAUCAUUUGAAGGACUUUGAGGGGGGCUCUCGAAAGCCUCAAGUGGCGAAAGACCAUACGAGGCGGGUGUGUCGACUUUUGUAUGAAAUAGACGACCACCCAAGCUCAGUGAAACCUCUCUGGGACAGUAACAAUAUUAACUAUCUUAAAAACAACUUCUUCAAGGGUAAUGACUUACUGGGAGAGGAGGAGAAGAGACAGCCAACAACGCUAAAGGCGUAUAUUGGAUCACUGCGCCUCUUCUUCCAGUUUGUUAUUGCCCGGCAAGAAGAAAUCAGGAAGUUGGAAGACUUCGGUGAUGCAGAUCUUCGCUUAGUCAAUUCUGCUAUGGCCAGGUUGGAGACCUGGCCAAAGGCGUUGGCAGACGCCAUGAACAAACGGAAGGCAGAUAUCCGUCUGCGGGACGUGGAUGAGAAGCUGUGUGUCAAAGAUUACGAGGCAUUCUUCCACAGCCAAAGAGAUUAA